AUGACAAAUUGCUGUAUUAUCGGACAGUGCGAUCAUUCUGGUAUGGUGGAACAUGUCGAGGCGGGAUGCUAUUCAUUGGCAUGUCCGUAUGGGCCACCUGGACCACCAGGUCCUUCGGGAUUAGAUGGUCUUCCUGGCAACGCUGGAAAACAGGGCAAGCCAGGUACGGACGGUUAUGAUAUACAUUUGAAACCGGAAUCUGAUCUUCCAUGUGUUCUUUGUCCAACUGGUCCACCAGGACAACGCGGUUCACAAGGUGAACGAGGACGGACGGGCGAACCAGGACCAAAGGGAACAAUAGGAGAACAUGGAAGGCCCGGGAUGGACGGUAAUGCUGGAAGGACAGGGAUUAAAGGAAUGCGUGGGGAAAAAGGAAAACGAGGACCUCGAGGACCAGAAGGCGAUUCAGUUGUUGCAGGUAAAGGAAUUAAAGGUGCAAAAGGGCCAGCAGGUUCCACAGGUCCAAAGGGUCCUAUGGGUAUACCAGGAAAACUCUCAAAGCUGCCUGGUGAAUCCGGUAAUCCGGGUAGCCCCGGUCGUGUUGGUCCGUACGGCAAUCCAGGACACAGAGGGGUCGAAGGACCAUGGGGACCACCCGGUGAACCAGGUACUCCAGCUGAAUACUGCCCAUCAGACUGCGGAAUUUCCAAAAUCUAUAAUCCUCCACUCGAUUCCGAGCAAGAAAAAACUCCUGACAAGUACAGUAAUAAACAAGGAUUUGUAUCAGACAUAUGGCCUGAAGCAUGGAUUUGA